UAUAUAUAUGAUGUGUGUAUGUUUGUGUUGUUCCGAUUUUUACUAGCUCUAAAGUGGUUUGUAGGUAAUGUCAGUCUUGGACUGAUGGAUAUUAUACUAAAUUAAUAUUAAAUGAUAGCGGAUAUCAAUUAAAAUCAAUGAUAGUGUUAUCAAAUUAGAGCAUCGCUGAACUCGACGGAAUACAGUGAGAAAUAAGAGUGAAUUGAGUGAGUGAAAUAAAUUAUGAAGAGUUGAGUGAAACAGUGAAGAUGCUGUCAAGAGGAGUUAAGUACAAGUUACUGGAGGAUGGCGACGGAGGUGAUCCCAGUCCAGACCUGGUCUCCGUGCGUGUCCCCAUCCAUGGCAUGACCUGCCAGUCCUGUGUGAGGAGCAUCGAGGGAUCAGUCCGGGAACUGCCGGGAAUUCACUACGUUAAGGUGGAGCUGUCAGAGAAGGCUGGUUAUUUCAAGUAUGACCCCAGCGCGUGCUCCGCGGACAGCAUCCGCUCUCAUAUAGAAGAUAUGGGCUUCGAGGUCACAGACAACAGUGACGGAGAGACGCGGAACCUCCUCAACCCAGAGAUCCCCACCGACACGCUGAUAGACAUGAGCACGGACGCCAGCCUGCUGCUCGCUGUGGUGGGGAUGACCUGCCAGUCCUGUGUCGACUCCAUACAGGGUGCCCUCAAAGACGUCCCAGGUGUAACCAGCUCAACAGUCAGCCUGGCCAAGGGCACGGCGCUGGUGACCUUCACCCCGGCCGAGGUCACUCCGGACCUCAUUAAGGACACCAUCUACAACCUCGGCUUCGACGUGGACAUCAUCAGCGUCACUGACAAAGAAGCAGAGAAUAAGGACCAGGGCGGCUCCGGGGACAGGCGGGCGCGCGCGGGAGGGGGGGAGGCCACCGCGAAGACGAACGGUAACGCGCCGUCAGAGAUAUCCAGGUGCACCCUGGAGGUGAAGGGCAUGACGUGCGCCUCGUGUGUCGCGGCCAUAGAGAAACAUUGUGCCAAAUUGACGGGUGUGCAUUCGAUAGUGAUAGCCCUCCUGGCGGCUAAGGCCGAGGUCCGCUACGAGCCGGCCAAGAUAUCCGCAGCAGCCAUCGCCGACUCCAUCACCGAGCUGGGGUUCAGCUCCGAGCUCAUCAGCGACAGCGGGGCGCCGAAGGAUUUGAACCUACUAAUCAAGGGCAUGACCUGUGCGUCGUGUGUCAACAAGAUAGAGAAGUCCCUCAUGAAGCUGAACGGCGUGGUCUCCUGUUCCGUGGCGCUCACCACCAGCAAGGGUAAAGUCAAGUAUGACCCCGAGGUAAUCGGUGCUCGCCGCAUCUGUGAUGCUGUAGGGGACCUCGGCUUCGAGGCCAACGUCGUGGGAUCGCAGCACAAAGGCACCGCCAACUAUUUGGAGCACAAAGAAGAGAUCCGUCGUUGGCGUAACGCGUUCCUGGUAUCCCUGAUAUUCGGCGCGCCGUGUAUGGCGGCCAUGACUUACUUCAUGCUGGGCAUGGGCCAUCACUCCGCCAGGGACAUGUGCUGCGUGCUGCCUGGACUCAGUCUCGAGAACCUGCUGCUGUGGCUGCUGGCGACCCCCGUGCAGUUUAUAGGCGGCUGGCACUUCUAUAAACAGGCGUACAAAGCGUUGAGACACGGGACAUCAAACAUGGAUGUACUUAUAUCUAUGACCACUACUAUAAGUUAUUUAUAUUCCGUGGGCGCAGUGAGCGCGGCCAUGGCGCUACAGAAGGACACCAGCCCUCUCACGUUUUUCGACACGCCGCCCAUGUUACUAGUGUUCGUGUCAUUAGGCAGGUGGCUAGAACACAUAGCUAAGGGUAAGACUUCCGAGGCGCUAUCAAAGUUGUUAUCUCUGAAGCCCACGGAGGCUGUUCUCGUCACCCUGGACCCUGAAGGCCGCGAGAUCUCGGAGAAGAACAUACCAGUAGACCUGGUGGAGAGGGGGGACAUUCUAAAGGUUGUUCCGGGAGCGAAGAUCCCAGUAGACGGAAAGGUGAUCUCCGGCCAGAGCACCUGUGAUGAAUCUCUCAUAACCGGGGAGUCCAUGCCGGUCGCUAAGACCAAAGAUUCCCUGGUGAUAGGAGGCAGCAUGAACCAACACGGCGCGCUGCUGGUGAGGGCCACUCACACCGGCGAGGCCAGCACACUCGCACAGAUCGUGAGGCUGGUGGAGGACGCGCAGAGCAGCAAGGCACCCGUACAAAGACUCGCUGACACUAUCGCCUCUUACUUCGUGCCGAUGGUGGUGUUCCUGUCGCUGCUGACGUUGGUCUGCUGGACCAUCAGCGGCGCCCUGGACGUGGACAGAAUCAAGGCUAUCACUCCGGAGAUCUACCGCGACGCGGGAUUCUCGGACUGGGAGCUGAUAGUGCAAACGGCCUUCCACUUCGCCCUGUCGGUGUUGGCGAUAGCCUGUCCCUGUGCGCUAGGGCUCGCCACGCCCACGGCCGUCAUGGUGGCCACGGGCGUGGGCGCGCGGCUAGGACUGCUCAUCAAAGGGGCAGAGCCUCUUGAGAACGCUCACAAGGUCAAGACGGUGAUAUUCGACAAGACUGGCACCGUCACGCGAGGGGACACGUCCGUGGCGAGGGUCUCCAUACUGACGGGCGACCCCUCCACCUUACCGGAAGUCAUCACGUGUAUCCUGACAGCGGAACUGAACAGCGAACAUCCGGUCGCCUCCGCCAUCGUGCGGUGGUGUACGAGCGUGGUGGGCUCCCCACGAGCACUCGUCCGAGGCUUCACGGCGGCUCCGGGGUGCGGGUUGCGAGCACGCGUGCUCCUGACCGAGCGACCCCCGGGACUGGACAAGGAUGGAGUCCUGUCACAUCUGGGGGGAGUCCCCGUGGAGCUGGUGGGAGGGGAGGGAGACGCCGCGCUCAGCUCCGCCCAGGCCGCUGCCAGGUUACAGAGGGUCAUCAAGGCGGCGGAGCAGGGGGAGGAGGUGGAGCAGGUGGUGCUUAUAGGGAACAGAGAGUGGAUGCACAGGAACGGAGUCAUGGUCCCUCGAAGGGUGCAGGAACAGCUGCGGACGGACGAGGAGUUAGGGAGGACGGCUGUACUGGUAGCCAUUAACGACCAACUGGUGUGCACGAUCGGCGUGUCGGACCAGGUGAAGCCUGAGGCGCACCUGGCCGUGUACUGCCUCAAGAAGAUGGGGUUGGAGGUGUGUCUGCUGACGGGAGACAACAAGAAGACGGCCGCGGCCAUAGCGAGACAGGUGGGAAUCAAUAAGGUGUUCGCGGAAGUGCUGCCCUCACACAAGGUGGCCAAGGUCCAGGAGUUACAGGACAAGGGGCAGAAGGUGGCCAUGGUGGGUGACGGUGUCAAUGACUCCCCGGCGCUGGCUCGAGCUGAUGUCGGUGUAGCCAUCGCCAGCGGUACGGACGUGGCCGUGGAAGCAGCCGAUUUAGUGCUUAUGAGGAGCGACCUGCUGGACGUGGUGUCGUGCCUGCAGCUGUCGCGGGUCACGGUGCGCCGCAUCAGGAUGAACUUCGUGUUCGCUUCCGUCUACAACCUGCUGGGCAUCCCGCUGGCCAGCGGAGCCUUCGCGCUCUACGGCCUGCAGCUCCAGCCGUGGAUGGCGUCCGCUGCUAUGGCCAUGAGCUCGGUGUCCGUGGUGUGCUCCAGCCUGCUGCUGAAGACCUUCAGGAAGCCGACGAUGGAGCAGCUGAAAACUCCAGAGUAUCUCCAGUCCUUACACCAGGAACAGCUGGAGCAGCUGGAGGCGGUGGCGGUUCACCGCGGCCUGGACGAGAAGUUGGACCCUCAGGACAAAGGCACGCCUCUGGCCAAAAGUCGCGUCUCUCUCACGUCGCCGCUCGUAAAGUGCUGACGGUUGUUCACCCGCAGCAAGUCCACCGACGACUUCCUCCUGCGCGAGGAGGACGACCUGCUGACCGUCUCCUUCAUACCGAAGAGGUCGAGCUAGGAGCAGCUGUCCACAGCUGAUGUCACGUUACCAAUGUUAUGUACAAAAUAUAUACCUGAUUUAUAUAAAAAAUAUAUUAUUAUUUGGUAUCGCAAGUGAGGCUAACGUCGUGGCCGCCGUCUCAACCCCUACGGGUGUGGUUUCUGUUAUCUAUGCCCGUAGCGAGUGUUGCGUGCAGAGCCCCAUACGUCUACAGACUGUCUGAUCAGUAUUGCUGUGUGUGUGUCUUUUCGAACUUUACUCCUGUAAAUAUAUAGAUGUGUAUUAUAUUUUUGUAUGGAAAUAAAUUAUAUAUACAAUC